ACAAGCAAAAUGCUCGCCCUCGAACCCGUCACAGAAGCCGACCUCCCCGCAAUCACAGACCUGUGGUACUCCGCCUUCGGCCCCUCAGGCUUCCUCGAACUCAUCCCGGACACCCCCAACGUCCGCGACUGGUGGGACUCAGCCAACAGUCACGACCUGCACCACAAACCCACCGCCUACUACUGGAAAGUCGUCGACACCGCGCAACCCUCGAAACCGCUCGUCGCAUACGCGAAAUGGGAUCUGGAGAGCGCCGAGGAGCGCGGGGAUCGGUUCCCUCCGUGGCAUGCGGAGAUGAACAAGAAGGGGUGUGAUGAGUUGUUUGGGAAGUUGGAGAAGCAGAGGAGUUUAUUGUUGGGUGGGACGAAGAAUUAUUGUAUGUCCCUCAUGGCUUGA